GUUGCCCUACCAUUGUUUCCAUGGAUCCAGAGCUCAACAGAUAUAUCCUCAUGAAUGAAGCAAAAGGAGUUGUACCUUGCUAUCCACAAUGCAUGCUUGACAUCUUAGGGGAAUGCAACAUUGCACCUGUUCAUGGUUCCAUUCACAAAAACAUGAGAGGGUUUUUGCUUGCUGUUGUUAGCCCCACCAUGAUCAGAGACCAACUUCUGCCAAAAAUAGAUGAAUUCAUGAGAUCCCACCAAAGCAAUUAG